AGAUAUCUUGCGGGGAUGGAUAACGGUAAUCCCACCAGAUAAGAGAGACCCAAACUUUCUCUCUCUCCUUUUCCAGUUUCCAGUCAUCACUCUUCCAUGGCGCUUCUGCAAUCCGCGCCUUCUACUAGUGGGAGUUCUACACAGUCGCCAUUGACAAACCGCCCUCUCAUCCACACUCCCUUCAUAUUCCCUUCCACAUCCUUCAAAUUACCCCCAAUUUCUACUAACUACUCCCUCAAGCACAAACACAACAACUAUCGCUUCCGCAUUCGUGCAUCGACAACUCUUGAAUCCACCAAUGGCGCUGCCACCAUAGCCGUCGGCCUUGAUAGUCCCUCUUCCACCGUCAACACCUCCGGUAUUCCUUAUGGCAGACAGUAUUUCCCUCUUGCCGCAGUUGUUGGACAAGAUGCUAUUAAAACUGCUCUUCUACUUGGGGCAAUUGAUCGUGAGAUUGGAGGAAUCGCAAUCUGUGGCAAAAGAGGAACGGCUAAAACAGUUAUGGCACGCGGAUUACAUGCAAUUCUGCCACCAAUCGAUGUAGUUGUUGGUUCAACUUCAAAUGCUGAUCCAGCCUGCCCAGAAGAAUGGGAAGAUGGACUUGCUGAUAGAGUGGAAUAUGACUCUGCUGGUAAUGUGAAGACCCAAGUAGUUAGAUCACCGUUUGUGCAGAUUCCACUUGGUGUUACAGAAGAUCGAUUAAUUGGAUCUGUUGAUGUUGAGGAAUCUGUCAAGAAUGGAACAACUGUGUUCCAGCCAGGUCUUCUAGCUGAAGCACACAGAGGAGUUCUUUAUGUUGAUGAAAUCAACUUACUGGAUGAAGGGAUAAGUAAUUUGCUCCUUAAUGUGUUGACUGAUGGUGUUAAUAUUGUUGAGAGAGAAGGAAUCAGCUUUCGUCACCCAUGCAAGCCACUGUUAAUUGCUACUUAUAAUCCUGAAGAGGGUUCUGUACGUGAACAUUUACUCGAUCGUAUUGCAAUCAAUUUAAGUGCAGAUCUUCCAAUGAGCUUUGAGGAUCGUGUUGCUGCUGUAGGAAUCGCAACACAGUUUCAGGAACAAAGUAAGGAGGUUUAUAAAAUGAUGGAGGAAGAAACAGACUCUGCAAAGACUCAGAUUAUUUUGGCAAGAGAAUAUUUGAAGGAUGUAAGCAUUAGUCGUGAACAACUCAAGUAUCUGGUCAUGGAAGCAAUGCGUGGUGGUUGCCAGGGACAUAGAGCUGAACUAUAUGCUGCACGUGUUGCCAAAUGUUUAGCCGCUUUUGAAGGUCGUGAAAAAGUCAGUGUGGAUGACCUCAAGAAAUCUGUAGAACUUGUGAUUCUUCCUCGUUCAAUGAUAAACGAAAACCCGCCAGAUCAGCAGCAGCAGCCACCACCCCCGCCACCUCCUCCACAAAAUCAAAAUUCUGAGAACCAGAAUGAAGAAGAGGAGGAAGAGGAGGAAGAUAAUGAAGAUGAAAAGGAUGAAGAAAAUGAACAGCAACAAGACCAAUUACCUGAAGAAUUUAUCUUCGAUGCAGAUGGUGGUCUGGUGGAUGAAAAACUUCUCUUUUUUGCACAACAAGCACAAAGAAAAAAAGGGAAAGCUGGAAGGGCUAAAAAUGUCAUUUUCUCUGAAGACAGAGGUCGAUAUAUCAAACCAAUGCUUCCCAAAGGUCCUGUAAAACGAUUAGCUGUUGAUGCAACAUUAAGAGCAGCUGCACCUUAUCAGAAAUUGCGUAGGGAGAAAGACACACAAAGUCUUAGGAAAGUUUAUGUGGAAAAAACAGAUAUGAGAGCUAAAAGAAUGGCUAGGAAAGCAGGUGCCUUGGUUAUAUUUGUGGUUGAUGCUAGUGGAAGCAUGGCAUUAAAUCGGAUGCAAAAUGCAAAAGGUGCAGCACUUAAACUGUUAGCAGAAAGCUAUACAAGUAGAGAUCAGGUGUCAAUUAUUCCGUUUCGUGGAGAUGCUGCAGAAGUGCUUUUGCCUCCUUCCAGAUCAAUCUCAAUGGCUAGGAAAAGACUCGAGAGGCUUCCAUGUGGUGGUGGUUCUCCUCUUGCUCAUGGACUUACCACGGCGGUUAGGGUGGGGAUGAAUGCGGAGAAGAGUGGAGAUGUUGGGCGGAUAAUGAUUGUGGCGAUAACUGAUGGGAGAGCCAAUAUUUCACUUCAAAGAUCUAAUGAUCCAGAAAUGGCUGCAGAUGCACCAAGGCCUUCUUCUCAAGAGUUGAAGGAUGAGAUACUUGAAGUGGCUGGUAAGAUUUAUAAAGCGGGAAUGUCUUUGUUGGUGAUUGACACGGAGAAUAAGUUUGUUUCAACUGGUUUUGCUAAAGAGAUUGCUCGAGUGGCUCAAGGGAAAUACUAUUACCUGCCUAAUGCAUCGGACUCUGUUAUCUCGGCUGCAACAAAGGAUGCUUUGUCAGCUUUGAAGAACUCUUGAAUAACAAAAUCAUAACAACAUCCACAUUGUAAUAACGCUUUUUUGUUGGAAACGAGACACAAAAUGGCUUUUCAUUGUGAUUGAAGUUUUUUUUUUUUUUUUUUUUUGAGCCAUGU